UCUCUUCGGCUGAGCUCGGCCGCGGCCCCGGAAGGGCGCCCAUGGAGCCGGUACCGCCGGCUCCGCCGACCGCUAUGGCGCCGCUGCUGGAGUAUGAGCGGCAGCUGGUGCUGGAACUACUGGACGCGGACGGGCUGGUAGUGUGCGCCCGCGGGCUCGGCGCGGAUCGGCUCCUCUACCACUUCCUCCGGCUGCACUGCCACCCCGCGUGCCUGGUGCUGGUGCUCAACACGCAGCCGGCCGAGGAGGAGUAUUUUAUCAGUCAGCUGAAGAUUGAAGGAGUGGAACACCUCCCUCGUCGUGUAACAAAUGAAAUCACAAGUAACAGUCGCUACGAGGUCUACACCCAAGGAGGUGUGAUAUUUGCAACAAGUCGAAUACUUGUGGUCGACUUCUUGACUAAUAGAAUACCUUCAGAUUUAAUCACUGGCAUCUUGGUGUAUAGAGCGCACAGGAUAAUCGAGUCUUGUCAAGAAGCAUUCAUCUUGCGUCUGUUUCGCCAGAAAAACAAGCGUGGUUUUAUUAAAGCUUUCACAGACAAUGCUGUCGCCUUUGACACUGGUUUUUGUCACGUGGAAAGAGUGAUGCGAAAUCUUUUCGUAGGGAAGCUGUAUCUGUGGCCAAGGUUCCAUGUAGCAGUAAACUCAUUCUUAGAACAGCACAAACCUGAAGUUGUAGAAAUUCACGUUUCUAUGACGCCUGCCAUGCUCGCCAUACAGACUGCCAUCCUGGACAUCCUAAAUGCGUGUCUGAAAGAACUGAAAUGCCACAACCCAUCCCUCGAAGUUGAAGAUUUGUCUUUAGAAAAUGCUAUUGGAAAACCGUUUGACAAGACGAUCCGCCAUUAUCUGGAUCCCUUGUGGCACCAGCUUGGAGCCAAGACUAAGUCCUUGGUUCAGGAUUUGAAGAUAUUACGAACUUUGCUGCAGUAUCUCUCUCAGUAUGAUUGUAUCACAUUCCUUAAUCUUCUGGAAUCUCUGAGAGCGACAGAGAAGGCUUUUGGUCAGAAUUCAGGUUGGCUCUUUCUUGACUCCAGCACCUCGAUGUUUGUUAAUGCUCGUGCAAGGGUUUAUCAUCUUCCAGAUGCCAAAAUGAACAAAAAAGGCAAAGUGUCUGAAAAAACGGAAAUUGAACAAGUACAAGAAACAAAAAAGGAAUUGGUGCUAGAAAGCAACCCGAAGUGGGAAGCUCUGACCGAAGUACUGAAAGAAAUUGAGGCGGAAAAUAAGGAGAGUGAAGCCCUUGGGGGUCCAGGUCAGGUACUGAUUUGUGCAAGUGAUGAGCGAACGUGUUCCCAGCUGAGAGAGUAUAUCACGAUCGGAGCAGAGGCCUUCUUGUUGAGGCUCUACAGGAAGACCUUUGAGAGGGACAGCAAAGCCGAGGACGUGUGGGUGCAAUUUAGAAAUGAGGACAGUGCAAAGAGAAUGGCGAAAUCUCACAAAAGGCCUAAAGACCCCCACAGCAAACAGAGGGCUGCCCCCAAAGAAAGGACUCUCAAGAAGAAGAAGCGGCGGUUAACUUUAACACAGAUGAUAGGAAAGCCUGAAGAACCGGAAGAGGAAGGGGAUGCCAAGGAAGGCUGUCCUGGAGACACGGGCAGUAGCCCAGACAGUUCCUUAGAAGAAAUCAAGCACGAGGAAUUUGACGUAAACUUGUCAUCCGAUGCCGCUUAUGGAAUACUGAAAGACCCGCUCACCAUCAUCCACCCUCUCUUGGGCUGCAGUGACCCCUACGCUCUGACAAGGGUGCUGCACGAGGUGGAACCGAGAUACGUGGUUCUGUACGACGCCGAGCUAACGUUUGUUCGCCAACUUGAGAUUUACCGGGCAAGUAGGCCCGGGAAGCCUCUGAGGGUUUACUUUCUUAUAUACGGAGGCUCAACAGAGGAACAGCGCUAUCUCACUGCUUUGCGGAAAGAAAAGGAAGCUUUUGAAAAACUCAUAAGGGAGAAGGCUAGCAUGGUUGUGCCUGAAGGGAGGGAAGGGAGAGAUGAGGGGAACCGGGACCUGGUGAGAGGCUCCGCGUCCACAGGCUCGCCCACCGACACGCGGAAAGCAGGUGGCCAGGAGCAGAACGGUACACAGCAAAGUAUAGUUGUGGAUAUGCGUGAGUUCCGCAGCGAACUCCCAUCCCUGAUCCACCGUCGGGGCAUUGACAUUGAACCGGUGACGCUGGAGGUCGGAGACUACAUUCUGACUCCAGAAAUGUGCGUGGAGCGCAAGAGCAUCAGUGAUUUGAUUGGCUCUUUAAACAACGGCCGCCUCUACGGCCAGUGUAUCUCCAUGUCCCGCUACUACAAGCGCCCAGUGCUCCUGAUCGAGUUCGACCCCAGCAAGCCCUUCUCGCUCACUUCCCGAGGUGCCUUCCACCAGGAGAUCUCCGGCAAUGACGUCAGUGCCAAGCUUACCCUCCUCACGCUUCACUUCCCCAGACUCCGGCUUCUCUGGUGCUCCUCCCCCCACGCCACCGCCGAGCUGUUCGAGGAGCUGAAAGAGAACAAGCCGCAGCCCGACGCGGCCACGGCCAUGGCCGUCACGGCGGAUUCGGAAACCCUCCCGGAGUCAGAAAAGUAUAAUCCGGGUCCCCAGGACUUCUUGUUGAAAAUGCCAGGGGUAAAUGCCAAAAACUGUCGCGCCUUGAUGCACCACGUUAAGAACAUCGCAGAGCUGGCGAGCUUGUCGCAAGACAAGCUGGCGGGUAUUUUGGGCAACGCCUCGAACGCGAAGCAGCUCUAUGACUUCAUCCACACCCCUUAUGCCGAGUUUGUGUGUAAAGGCAAAAUGAGAAAGUGAACGAGGGCGGCCGUUUUCUCAUCCCGUGACUCUGACUUCCAGCCACCCUGUACUGGAAUGAACAGACCGAGAUGAAUCACGAGCUCAGAAUUCCGCUCUCUUCAGCACCUUAUGACCGCGCAGUCCGCUUCUGGGGUCAGCGGACCACAAGCCCAGAUGCCCCUCUGGACUUUGUGUCUAGGCACUGAUUUUAACCUUCCCAUGCCGGCCCGCCUCCCUCCCUGCGCCGUCAGGGCCAGAGGCAGCGUGUCCCGCUCUUUGGUCGGGAGUCAGAAUCAGGCGAGGCGUCUUGUGGGGGCUUAUAGGAGGCCGCUCUUGACGCAAGCAGCAAUUUAUGUUUCCCCCGCAGGCCGAUAAGACACGCUAUCAUGUCCCUGCCCUCUUUGUUCAGGACGGGCCCCCGGAACGCCCAGAAGGAACCUUGUCUGCCAUUCCUCGCCAGUUCUCACCUUCUUUUCCGCAAAUACGCGCUUCCCCCUUUAAGAAAAACCCAUGGGGACUUCCUCGUACUGACGUAAGACGUAAGAUGGCGCCCGUGAAACUAGCCGGUUCCUCAUCCCCCGAAUGUGUGACGCGUACCAGAACUCGAUUGUGCAAAGCCAGCAGCUUUAAAACGUGAGAUGAAUUGUUCCCUAUUUCCAGAAUUUGAUGGUGAAGGAGCGCUGAGGACGUGCCCUUGUGCAGACAUCUUACCUCCUGAAGCGCAGAGAUCUCUAAGCCCAAAGGGCUCGUUAGAGUCUCUUAAGACUUCCUCUUUCCCCCCAAGCCUCUCCCCACACGCCUGAGACCACCAGCGCCACAUCCUCUCCACACGCAGCGUCAGCCCACCCUCUGUUCCCCGCUUCUGUCCCUGGGCCAGCGUGCUCGCUGGCGUCUGUGUGAGGACUCACGACGGACAAGCAAACCGGUGGCCCCCCGAGUCUUUAAGAUUGGGUUUCCUUCUUGGAGUGGAGAUAAAAGAAGUACAAGUAAAUGGAAGAUCGGCGCAUAGAAUAUCUAAGAAUUCUAGAGAAAUUUACACACUUAAAAAUUCACAAAGCCAUCUCCUUCUCCAACCUUCCGAUUGAGUUAGGUUAGCUUUUUACUGAGGUGCACAUACAAGACAUUCAUAGCAUCUUUGUGCAGUUUUUAAACUUUUCUAUUUCAGCUUUACUAAGGCAUUAUUCACACAUCUAGUAACGAGUAGUAAAUUUUCUACCUCAAGAGCUGAUGCGGACGUAGACAGCAGUGCCGCCAGCCAGCCACACCGCACAGUUUCGCGUUUUCCGCGUCGGCCAUGUUUUCGUUUGUCACAGUGUUUGAACUCCGAGUGGACGCGGGAGCACCGAACAGAGAGUGGUCUUAGCCUCCACAGACGUUCUUUCCACCAGCCUUUCCACUCAUAUUGACGUCUCGAUCCCUCCAUAUGUUAACACUUGUUGAUAAGGUUAAAGCAGACGUGGAUUUCCAACUCUCUGCCAGGGUAGGACAAGAAUGAAUUGAGAGAGAUCAAGGAACCGUGUCCUUACAUGGAACUGUGUACAGUGAUCUGAGGAAUGGAGAAGACGACAGGAAACAAAAAUUAGUUUAAGGUAGAAUAAAUAGUUGGGCUACUCAUUUUUUUCCCCCAGAGUUAAAAAUACACCCUUGAGGGGCACCUGGGUGGCUCACUUGGUUAAGCGAUCGACUUUGACUCAGGUCAUGAUCUCGCGGUCCUUGAGUUCAAGCCCCGGGUCGGGCUCUGGGCUGACACCUAACAGCCUGGAGCCUGCUUCAUAUUCUGUGGCUCCCUCACUCUCUGCCCCUCCCCUGCUCACACGGUGUCUGUCUGUCUGUCUCUCUCUCUCUCUCUCUCUCUCUCUCUCUCAAAAAUAAACAUUAAAAUAAAUAUACACCCUUGAGAAUAGAACACAAAAUGUUGAGAACAUUAUGUAUUUCUUUAAGAGUCCAGUCAGAGUUAAAAGUACAUUAAAAUAGACAUCCCGCACCAAAUGGAAAUGGCUAUUAACAAUUUUUCUUCACCCAGUUCUAGCUCUUCUGCUUGUGGCAGAUGAAAUUGCUAUUUUUGUUUUCUUCUUGUGUAAUCCCACCUGCCGUAUUUUGUUCUUCCAUUACAUAAAAGGCAAAUCCGAACAUAGCACAUUUUUUGAUGUGGGUUUCCCUCCGAUAGAAGUCUUCAGAAAUAAGCCCUAGUCCUAAAUCUACCAUUUUAAACAGCCCUUGUUAUCUAGUCCUACAUAGGUAACAGUCUUAAUUGUAUUCAGAGCACUGUUGUCUCCCUGCUCUGAUUCUGUCGUUUGCUGUUGGACCUACCGGACCCUUGAAGACAGGCAGGCGUGCUGCCUCACGUGUAUUUAAUUUAUGGACGAUAGUUUCUAAUGAACUCGAACGUGCUUGUUGUAGACACAAGUCUCCCGCUGCCACUUCCCGUUCCCACUAAGGAAAUACAUCUUAAUGUGUGUCCAGUUGUGGGGAGCCUUCAGCACAACCAUCGUGUAUUCACUUUUAUCACAUUCUUUGACACAUUUUUACAACCUGAGACUCUUGGCAAAGGACUAAUGCAUGAGUUUGCAAAACUAACGUAUCGCUUUAUUUUCCAGCAUCAUAUUGUUACCUUUGCCUUUUUUUUCCUUUCAAAAUAGUAAAUAUCUAGUUCACUUAUGAACUCACGCUUAGCUUUUUUCCAAACCUUUUUUAAAAACCUGAGAUCGGCAUUAUACUAUUUUUUGAGCUUUUUUGCAUAAAAAAAUCAGCACGUAUGAAAUAGGAGAGAGAGCAUUUUGACUGAAAAUAAUUGUCCCAUCCAUGCACCCAUCGGGACACAGAGGGUUAAGUCUAGAUUUGGUUGUGUUGAGGUAACAGAGUAUAGAAUUAAUAAAUGGCCUCCAGCAAGAAAGCCUACCCCGAAGUCAGUCCAAAGAAUUGGGUGGGGGCAGAGAGACAGAGUGUUGUUAGUCUUUGCUUUUGUUUUUCAAGCAUAAUUUGAUUUUCCUCUGGCUCAGAAAACUUCUUUAGGGAACUCCUCUUCUCUUUUGUGUUCAGUUUAGCCCAGAAACAUCCUCCUAAAACCCAGCAGUUUAGGAAAGUUCUUUUCUCAGUCUUGAAUACAUUCAAAUGUAUCCAGACUUCAACGUGAGUUGUCAUUUUUCUUAAUUAUUUUGCUUUCUAUUUUGGUUUAUUGCUACUUCCUGCCCAAUUCUGAACUUCAGUACUUAACCGUCUUUAUCCACAGGUUUUUAGUGGGUCACACCCCUGCUGUUUUGUUUUUUUUUUUAAUUUAAGGUUAUGUAAGCCAAAAGGGAGACUGAUUCAUAUCAAUUUGUAACAAGAGGCGUGUGUGUGUGUGUGUGUGUGUGUGUGUGUGUGUGUUUAAUAAAAUGUGUAUUUAUUCAGUGUUUUCCUCAGCAUUCUGUGGGCAAAAUAAAAAUAACAAUGUAUAGUGAAAGGACAUGUGUUCCCAGCGGGUAGUUUUUACCAACAUGUUGGUAACUAUAAUCAGAAACGAAGACAAUAUGUAACGUGCUUUCUUUUUUGUUGUGCACAAUAAAUGAUUGCAAACCCCA